AAUCCAUUCCUCUCCUCGUUCGUCCUCGAUCGGGCAAAAUCGUCGCGCAAAACGACGGAGCCAUAGACACAAAAGUUGAAGUUGAAGUUGAAAUUGAAAGCCUUGAAUAAACGUCUUAAUCUAAUGCAAACCGUGAAAACCACAAAUUAGAAAGAUAUAGUCGAUAUAGUACGGUGAAAACUUGAAAAGCCAAGAACAAAUCUCCCUAAAAACUUUCAUUUGGCACUACCUCCACAACUUCAUACUCGUUCUAAAUCUACAGAUAAAAUUUGUCAUAUCAAUUUUCUCUACAACUCGUAAGCAAGCAAUUUGUAGAUUUUGUGUACCUACUAAAAUCUUAUACAGUUGUGUGGAGAAUAAGUUAGCGAGUUACCCCCUGGGAAAAUAUUAUACUCACAAAGAUCUUGAGCAGUAAGUAGACUUUUUCUUCUAUCUAUUUCGAAAUACUGUAACAUGGAUAGAUUCUCACUGGGUAUACCAGGCUCAUCUAACAAUAAUUCCGAGAGUAUGGAAUUGGAAAAUGAGUUGACGAAUAAAUUUUUAAGUGGUGAGAUGUCUUUCUCUGAGUACUCUAACGAAUGGUACAGCCAAGAUGAAGAUGAAGAUUUGGAUGAUAGUAACAAGAGUGAUGAUGAGCUCCAACUAUCGGUUCAGCCGAUCGACAAGGGAGCGAUGAGGCGCCGCAAAUGCCCACGCCUCUCAGCCGCCUUGCUUGGCCUUAUGGGCGAAGCUAACUUACGAUUUGCUAGGGGAGAUGUGGAAAUGGCGGAAAAAAUGUGCCAUGAAAUCAUUAAACAAGUUCCAACAGCACCAGAGCCUUACCAAACAUUGGCCCAGAUUUAUGAACAUGACCAAGAAAAGUCUUUACAGUUCUCGUUACUGGCUGCACAUUUGAGCCCGUCUGACGCCAAUGAAUGGCUGAGACUUGCUGCCUUGCUGAAAGAAAAGAAUGAUGUAAAACAGGAAAUGGUAUGUUACUCGCAGGCUAUAAAAGCGGAUCCUCAAAAUUUAGAUAUGCAUUUAAAAAGAUUGGAGCUGUUAAAGACUCUAGAAGACAUAAAAUAUCCUUUAAGCACUUUAAAUGUUACCCGUGUCAAAUGUUAUCACAAAAUUGUGACUUCCAUGCCUGCAAGUGCAUGGGAGACCAUUAUGAACUAUACUAGACUAGCAACAACAUUAUAUCAUAACAAUCAGGAGAUAGAAAGAGCUCUAGAAGUUAUGGCUGCGGCAUACAAGAAAUGUCCAACACAGUUUAACUUAGAAGAUACCAAUAUAUUCCUAGAGCUACUUAUGGCCAGAAAGCAAUAUCAAACAUGUAUAGAAGUAUUUAUAUCUAAUGUGGGAUUGGACAUUGAAGCUGAAAUACAAACUGUGGAAAAUGCUGAGGGUGCAAUAGAGGAGCAAACAAAUUAUUUGCAAUGUUCCAUGCCAAAAGAUUUGCCUAUAGAUUUAAAGAGUAAGAUAAUAAUAUGCUUUAUUCAUUUGGGUUCCUAUAGUUUAGUAGAGACAUUGUUGAAUGAUUUCUUACAAAAUGAUGUGGAAAAGGCUGGAGAUUUAUAUAUGGACAUUGAAGAAGCCUUGUCUUCAGUUGGACAGCAUGAAUUGUCUAUGAGAUUACUUGAACCUUUGGUGAAAAAUAAUGUUUUUGACUUGGGAGCUGUGUGGUUAAAACAUGCAGAAUGUCUUUAUAACUUGGACAGAGAGAAUGAUGCUAUAGAAUCUUAUUAUAAAGUAUUAAAACAUGCACCACAACAUCCAGCAGCUCGUAGAAAACUAUUUUCUAUACUUGAGAAAAAGGGCUGCAUUGAUGAAGCAUUAGAUAUCUUGCAUCAAAAUCCUAAGUUUGUUGUCAGUGCAGCACUGCUUUAUGAAGAAUGUACUGCAUUAAGAAAAUAUGGAAAGGUGCUCAAGUAUCUUAAAAGCUCUACCUUUUACCCUUUACUGAGGUUGCUCCUACCUGACAAAGAACGAGAAAGAAGUGCAUAUAACUUGAAAGAAAAGAAACUUGGACAGUUACUUAUAAAAGUAUUGUCAUUAUCUAAACUAUCAAACGAUGCCACGAAGUUGUCGAACUUUCGCACUGUGAAUAAUUCACAUGGAGGUGACUUUGGUCACGUUGCGUAUUAUGUGUUGAAGAAUAGAAUGGGCACAAAUUCUGGUACUCUCACUGUAGGAGACAUCAAUAACAUUCUUGACAAGAUUGCUGCAGCUGAAACUGGAAACAAGGCGCAGGCUUUAGACGAAGCGUUCAGAUACGUGAUAAACAACAUAAGUGCAGAGCAAAUGAAAUGGUUCCUUCGCAUCGUACUCAAGGAUUUAAAAUUGGGGAUCGGCUUAAAUCGGAUUUUGGCUUGUUUUAACCCGGACGCGCCUACAAACUUUGACAACUGCGGGAAUCUUGCAAAGGUAUGCGAAGAGUUACAAGACGGUGACACUCGCCCGUUAGAACUUGGUGUGAAAUUGUUCUUCGCCAUCAGCCCUAUGCUGUCUGAACGACUAAAUGUACAGCACGUGUCCAGUUUACCGCAAGGACGGACUUAUCAGAUCGAAAUGAAGUUCGAUGGGGAAAGAUUUCAGGUGCACAUGGAAAACGCUGUAUUUGAGUAUUUUUCACGGAGAGGUUUUAAGUACGCGGACAACUUUGGCAAAACUUUUGAUUCAGGCAUGCUAACCCCUCAUUUAAAGAACUGCUUUAGUGCCAGCGUAAACAACUUCGUGUUAGACGGCGAAAUGAUGGGGUGGCACAAACAACAUCAGGAUUUUGGAUCAAAAGGGCAGGCAUUCGACGUAAAAAAGCUGACGGAGAAUUCAAAACAUCGACCUUGUUUCUGCGUUUUCGACGUAUUGUAUUACAACGGACAAUCUCUAGUAGGCCCCGAAGACAAGGGCGGACUUCCGCUUAGCAAAAGACUGAAGAUCCUCGACACUAUGUUCAAGGAUAUACCCGGAGUCAUACAACAUAGUGAACGAGCUAUCGUUAAAAACAGCGCCGAUAUAUUAGACGCGCUGAACAAAGCCAUUGAAGAUCAAGAAGAAGGUAUCGUCGUCAAAGACACAGAAUCAUAUUACAUUCCAAAUCGACGUAAUGCUGGGUGGUACAAAAUCAAACCGGAGUAUACGGAUAGCACGAUGAGUGACUUGGAUCUCGUUAUAAUCGGUGCUGAUAACGCGGAGCAAAAGAAGCAUGGACGUGCAAAGACCUUUUACGUUGCCUGCGCUGAUGUAGUAGCUGAUGGGGCACUACCCCACCGGUGGGUGUGCGUUGGACAAGUAGCAACUGGCUUCACGUAUGAGGAACGCGAGAAAGUGUGUACACAUUUACAAAAGACAUGGGUAUCUUCUCGGAGCACACCUGCUCCUGCACACCUUGUUUUCAACAAGACGAAACCAGAUUAUUGGAUUUUGCCUGAACAUUCUAUUGCUUUACAGGUGCGAGCAACAGAGUUGAUUCGCAGCAAUAAUCAUGGGGCCGAGUACACCCUGCGGUUCCCGCGUGUCAUCCGGAUCCGUGACGACAAACCAGUCAAUGACGUCAUCACCCUGGACGCAUUCAAUGCACUAUCUGCUACUAAGGAUCCAGUCGUAAAACUUAGCACCAAACGAGUGAACGAAGAUCAAUUAGAUGACUUUGGUAUAAAGACACCGCGUAAACGCGCAGCCAAAGACGUCAAAGUACCAGAGGAAUUCCGUACAAAGCCCGUGGAAGACAUUCAAGUGGUUUCCAAAGCAUUGGAAGGGAGAGAAGUCUGUAUAUUGUCCGCUGAUGAAGAGUGUAGUAAACAGGAGCUAUUGAAAAUCGUGCUGUCACAUAGUGGAACACACGUUGUAAAUGUCGGUCGCGACACAUGGUGCGGUAUAGUCGGCCGCCUGACCCCACGAGUGCGCAAACUUAUUGCGGCUCAAGAAAUUGACAUUACCACCACUACUUGGUUACGGUCAUUGCCAAACUCUGAUACACCUUGUUCUCUGCGUCCUUGCGACAUGUUGUCAAUAAAGAAAUCUACAAGAUUAAAGUUGAGUAGAGAAUAUGAUCAAUUCGGGGAUAGUUAUAGAGAAGAUACAGAUGAGCAAACCCUGAAGAAAUGUUUUAGGAAGAUGAAUCCCCCGGAACCAGAAAUAAAUUUAAACCAAGAGACGGCGAAGGACAUCUUUAACGAUCCAAACAUAAACGAUUACGUUAAGACUCCAGCAAUAUACUUAACAAGGCAAGAAAUGCUAAACAUAGACAAAGAACUAUUUGGUGACCACAACCCAUUUUCUUACUUACGCCCUUGCGUCAUACAUUUUACACGCAAAGGUAGCGUACUAGAAUUACGAGCCAAAAUGUACGGUGCUACUACUACCGACAGUUUAGAAUCGAAAAAGUUAACUCAUGUGGUUGUAUCAGAUAAUAAACAGGUAAAUUUGGAUGAAUGGAAGGAUAAAGUUGGGCCUUUAAUUGUUUCUGAAGCCUGGGUAGCGGAAUGUUUGACUCAAGAAAAAUUAGUUCCUGAAAGGGAUUUUCUUUUAAAUAAUGAUAGCCUAUGAACACAAGAAAGUAUAAUUUAUCUAUGAUAGAGUAGACCUUUUUUAUUUCUGCGAAAUUGGGUGUGGGCUUGUUCUUAAAGUCGAGCGGUUUAGUAACGAUAUUAAAUACACUCAUGGACAUGUUCCUAUGGACCACUGCCCAUAUAUUCCAGAACGUUUAAUUUUAAAAAACAGUGACUUCAAUCGUCUUUUGUUAAUGUUCUGGAUAUGGCCAAUGGUUAAUAUGAUAAAUGGUUAAUAUGAUAAAUGUAGUUUUCAUAAUUAACCUUAUAAAUGUGUCCAUGACAGAGAUAAGCAGUGGGUUAAAACCCAAUAAAUCCGCCCGGGUUUUAACCGAAUUUUUAUCCAAUGCCCCGGGUACCCAUUUCUGCUCAAAAUCGUAGGCAAUAACGGUUAAUACGAAAUUUGGUAUAAUUCCAAACUUAUUACAAAUUUGAAUGAAAAAAAUAUUUUAUAGACGAAAAAGAGACAACUCCACACAAUACCUCAACUUACAAUCCUGUGAACUGUCACUACUAGAGAUGCACAUUACAGUUUGAUUUUUAUGAAAAUCAAUUCAAGUGCAUACGAUAACCAGUUUUUGUAUAGAUUCAUUUCAAUGCGAUUUUCAAGCGAAUUGAUUCAAUAGAAAGGCGAAAUGUGUACUCGUAAAGCAAGAAACAUUUUGUAAUAUAUAUUGCAGUAAUAUAUCGCAAAAAGUCAUUAAAUUGCCAUAUAAAAUUUGGCAAUUAAUGACUUCUUGCAAUAAGCCGACGAAUCAUUACACUUGAACUCGAUUUUCAAAUAUUUAUUUAUGAAUAGUUUUUGCCCUCGAUUUCGGGCAUUAAUGGGUUAUAACAAAGCGCGGCGCUCGCCCAUCUCUGGUCCGUGAGUAUGGUUAUUUUCAUACGUUUUAGAAGGGUAUGAAAUUUUGUACCAAAUGAAAAUUUAUGCUUUCCUAAUCUAUCGUUACUUUUUAUUAUCGAUACUUAUUUUGUAAUAUCGACGCUUACUCGCCAAAUUUAACUGACGAAGGGAUAAACACAAUGAUUAAAAUUACUUUAACAUGAAGUGUAAUUAACCGUAAUCAAAGCAAUAAUAACUUUAAAUGUGAGUU